GGUCUUUUAUUUUGGAGGGAGGGUUCGAGCUCGCGUGUUUUUUCAACAGUUCCACGGGUGUAACACUCAGCCACGUGGGCUGGGUAGACUGGCUUGAUUGCUGGCCAGCUGGUCUGACCGCGAAGCUCGAAAGCGUAGUCUCGGCAAUUUCCUGCAGUCAUUUCCGGCGGUCUUUCCGUUGGAGUUGGGCAGCCGGCGGGUCCGACUUCGCCGCCCAGGUCCACAUCCCUGCUCCUGUGUUGGCCGUGCUGUCUGUGGUCUAUGGUCAGCCUGGAAGUGAGAGCGGCGUCGUACCACGUUUGCCAGCCUUGUCCGUGUCUGUGCGCCAACCCCUGGUAGCUAUGGUGAUGGCAGGAUGCCUUCCACGUGUCGCCGCCGCAGUGGAUGGCCACUGCAUCGAGGCAAAACUUGCUGGAUUCGUUCAACGCCAGCCUCCGGACAGCGCCUGCUCGUGUUCGUCGUCUGUCACUUCCCGGUCUUCUUGCUCGGGUGUUGUACUGGAACAUCUCCAUAGCCAGAGCCAUCUGCAUUACCAUUACCAUAGCUCUCAUCAUCAUCACCAUCGUAAUGAUCCCCGUCAGAACGGAGUACAGGCGCACUCUGACGACCUGCAGGGUGGAAAGAGCUGUCUGGGUCGUCCUCGAUCUGGGAGCAGACGAUAUGGCGUAGUCUUAGUGGGCGGAGAAGGACGGCCCUCGUGGAAGGACACCAGCCGCUGUCAGUGUUGGCGGCUCGUUCGACAUCGAAGCUCUGUUUCGGCACCAGUUAGCAAACCUCUUCUCCCGCCGAAAUGGUGGGAUCAAUGGCAAUGGCAACGCUUGUUCUCUUCUUCUUCUUCUUCUUCUGGCAGCGGCCGCGCAUCGCGGCUUCGUCGACGAUUGUCCUCAUCCCCAAAAUCACUCAGCGGACGCCGGCGAUAUGCCGGGGUCUUCCCGCCGCCGCCGGCGCUCUCGCCCCCCUCCGUGAUGAUAGCUAUGGCGGAAAUAGCUUUAGCAGCCGAGCAGUUUGCUAGCGGCACUGUUGGGGGGCUAAAGGGAUCAGGUUUGCGCGCUCAUAGGCUAGCCGUUACUGAUGAUCACAUACGGCCGGCUUGGCGUGAAUUGACCGAGGAGGAAUCAGAGGCUGCUGACACGUGCAGGAGCGAGGUGAUGGGGUGGAGGGGUGUGAUGAGCGGGGCAGGAAUUGCAGAGCCAAGUUGGACGGUUUGCUCUUUGUCGUCUUGUUCGGUCGUCCGUUCUGCAUCGGAUUUCCGUAGUCUUCUCUCGCCGAAGCUCCGCUUUCGGUUCGGGCUCGGCUCUGCCAGCAGAUCGCAGCUCCUGUGUCAUGGGAGGAGGGUGGAGAAGAAGCUAAGGAGAGCGAUGGUAUCAAGAACGGCGGCUAUGGCGGCGACCUCGGCGUCGUUGCCGUUCGGAACUGGAACUUUCAGCGAAUUGUCGAUGACAACGUCGAGGGCAGGCAGCAAGACUUCGAGCAGGAGGGGGAGGGGGAGGAGGAGGAGGGGGAUCAUGAUGGAGGGCGCAAAGGUGGAGGAGGGAGCUAUGGGGUCUGCGGGUGGUGGGCUGCGCGGUAGGAGAGGAAGCCUCGCCGGCAAGUUGUCGGCCUUAGCGAUGCGCACUGGAACGAACAUGAACCCGUCGGCUAUGACGGUGGUCGUUCCGCCAUCGCCGGCCUCGGGAGCAUCUUCAUCAGCGGGAGGAGGUACUGGUGGUGGUACUCCGUCGCCCUCGGGAAUGACGAGCAGUAGCAGCGCGGAUGUAGGAGGUGGAGGUGGCGGCGGCGGCGGCGGCGGCGGCGGAAAAGGACGAUACAGUGCUGACGUUGAGUCGGCGAUCAGCCAGUUGAGUGCCCUUGCGCCACGUGGCAGCGUGGCAAGGUGCAUGGACGCUUUUCGUGGCCGCCUUUCGCUUCAGGAUUUCGCGCUCAUUUUCCGCGAAUUCGCUCAGCGCGGCGAUUGGCAGCGCUCUCUCCGGCUCUUCCGCUGGAUGCAACGUCAGCAUUGGUGUCGGCCUAACGAGCAGAUUUACACCAUCAUGAUCGGUGUGAUGGGCCGGGAGGGGAUGCUGGACAGAGCGGCGGAGUUUUUCGAGGACAUGCCGUCGAACGGCGUUCCCUGGAACGUGUACUCCUUCACCGCGCUGAUCAACGCCUACGGGCGGAACGGCGAGUGCGAAUCCGCUCUCGAUCUUUUGGCGCGCAUGAAGAGGGAACGCGUGGCGCCCAAUCUCAUCACCUACAAUACUGUUUUGUCGGCUUGUGCCAAGGGAGGAUUCGACUGGGAGGGUUUGCUCGAUUUGUUUGCGCAGAUGCGGCACGACGGGGUGCAUCCCGACCUCGUCACGUACAACACGUUGCUGGGGGCGUGCAGCAGCAGGGAGCUUGUAGACGAAGCGGGCAUGGUGUUGAGGACCCUGGUGGAGGCUGGAUGCACGCCGGACGUGGUCACGUACACGACGCUCACGGAGACGUACGCUCGAGCGGGAAGAUUGGCUGACGUGCCUCAGCUGUUGAGGGAGAUGGAAAGAUCGGGGAACGUUCCAGACGUCGUCGCUUACAACGUCGUCAUCGAGUACCUGUCGAAGGUGAACGCGUAUCGAGAGGCGGGGGAGUUGUUCGCCCAGAUGAAGGCAGCGGGGUGUAAGCCGAACGCGGUAACGUACGGAACCUUGUUGGAGGCAUACGGGAGGAGGGGGCGGUUCGACGACGUGAGGGGGGUGUUCAGGGAUCUGAAGGAAACGGGAUGCGAGCCCAACGUGGCCACUUUCAACACGAUGAUCGAGGUGUUUGGGAGGGGGGGGUAUUACAAGGAGGCAGUGGGGUUGUUCAAGGACAUGAGGGAGAGUGGGUGCGAGCCAGAUGGGGCGUCGUGUGCGGCGCUGCUGAACGCGUGCGCCAAGGGAGGGUUGCACGAAGAGGCGGGAGAGAUUUACGACUACAUGGAGAAGGCAGGGAUGGGUCUGACGACGGACAUGUAUAUGGCCGUGAUUCGUGCAUAUGGGACGGCGGCGGCGUACGAGGAGGCAGAGGGAGUGCUAGCCGUUGUGACAGAGACAGCGGCAAAGGAGGAAGCGGCGGCGGCGGCGGCGGCGGCGGCGGCGGCGGUCGGCAGCGCCUCCCCAAGCCCUGGGGAGGAUGAGAGCGGGGGGAUCGAGGAGGUGGUGAGGGAUAAGCGGAGGAAAGAUCCGGCGGGUAAGGUUCCCGAGGUUCUCGGGUCGAUGAUGGACGGCGGCGAGGGCCAGCUCGGUGUCCGCGAAGGGGAAAUCGCCGCCGCAUAUAAUGCGUUGAUUGAGGCCUAUGGCAAGGGGGGAAUGUGGGACUUGGCCGCCGCUUUGACGGUAGAGAUGAGGUAUCGCUGGGGUUGUUCGCUAGAUAAUUGCACCUACAACGGAUUGAUUGAAGCCUUCGGCCGGGCAGGUUUGCUAGACGAAGCCGUCAGUGUGCGGGAGGACAUGGCGUCCAUCAAAAAGGCGCCCGACGAAGGGACACUCGUUGCAAUGCUCAAAGCGUACGCUGUGUGUGGAGACCUAGAUGGGGCGGUCAAAGUGUUCCGGGAAAUGUGUAAGGAGGCGGCGGCAUCGUCCAAAUACGAGUACCCUCCGAUACCCCCCUUGGCGUCGUGUUGCGUUAUGAUUGGCAUUUAUGCCAGAAUAGGGGUUUGGGAUGGAGGGGUUCUCCAUGUGCUUGAUCUAAUGGGGUCUCCUGGAGCCAAUCCGGAGCAUCUUGUGGUUAAAAGGUUUUUGGAAGCGUUUAUCUUGUCCUCUUCUUCUUCCUCUUCCUCUUCUUCUUCUUCCUCUUUCUCUUCUUCCUCUCCCGCUUCUUCGUCUUCGUCCUCUGUGGCUCUCGAUAGCAGAGGUAAGGCUUCUACUGCAGCCGGUGCUGCUGUACCUAUGGCGCCGAACGCUUCCAACGACAUCAACUUAACUCCUCAGGAGGAACAAGAGGAGAAGAGGGAGCGAUGGAACCAUCUUCUUGAGCUAUUCGAUGAGAUGAAGUUGCAAGGAGUCCUAAGUUGCAUGGCGUUGUACGAUGGGCUCGCUGAUGCUCUUUGGUGGCUUGGUCUCCGCAAGCAUGCCUCACACGUUUUUCAAGAAGCUAGACUAAGAGGAAUCUUUCCAGAGGCAAUGGUCGUCUCUAGAAAUGUGAUCAGCAUUGACGUUCAUAGGAUGUCACUCGGUGUUGCCCUUGUGGCACUGUCACUAUGGCUUAGGGGCAUGCAAACUGAUCUGAAGGAGGAAAAGCCCUUCUUCCAAGGAUUACUGUCCAUUGUUCUCAGAUGGGGCGAGAUGCAGGAUCCACAAAAGUUGAAGGACCUGCCUGUCCGCAAAGCAGUUUUGGAGGAGCUUCGGUCAAUUCAGUCUCCCUUCACUGUUGCGCCUUGGAAUGAAGGAAGAAUCCUUGCACAAGGGAAGUCAGUGAAGCCGUGGCUUUUGUCCCUAGAAAUUGAGCAUGCCCUGCUGGCCAAUCUCUCAGACACACGGUCGGUUGAGGCCUUCGUUGCGGAAAAUGCAUCGAUGGUUGCACAGCUUGCAGUGACAAAGGCGCAGGGUAGAGAUGGGAAAUCAACUUCAAGCACAGGGGGAGAGGACAAGAGUAGUAGUAAAUCCAAGGUGCGGAGAGGUCGGCGAAAGGCUGCAAGCAAGGCCUGAUGCGCAAUUGAUGCGACUGUCCGUUGAUAUGGAUGCAGCAGGUUUGUUGCUGCUUUGUCGUUGCAAAGUUUUCCAUAGUCCUGGUUACUCGUCUCGAGUCCCCGUGUGGAAAUGUUUCUCCGUUUCUUCUUUCUUGUUAUCAUCUCCACACGCCGUAGAUCAUCCUCGCUGGAUGGCGCAUUGUCGCAGCUUCCUCUGGGCUGCAGGCUCCGUUGUUGUUAUCGCACACUUUCGCACCAUUCCUUUCCCAGUCUGCACACCAUCGAGCCACGGGUUAGGCCUUCCUCCCUCGUGUUGCAGAUCUCCAGCCAAUGUGGACCAUGGUUCCCAAGGGCCUCACACAUAGUUUUAGUUUUGCUGAUUUGGUAUGCCAAGUACAUACUCACACUUUGACUUUCGGGAUGUAUCUGAUAGUAACUAUCGUCAGAUUUCAAUAGAAAAAAAAAGUCCAUAGCGUGACGGUGCUCUUAAGUCUGAGCUUUCGACCCUCUUCGGCUAUCGUUAUCUUCGGUACUCGGCGCACCCCUCACUAUGCUGCUUCCUCAACUGCGAAGUAGGACUAGUUUGCAGGGCACAGUUUUGACUAUGCUCCCGGCGGUUUGGUGCACAACUGACUGCGCUGUGUUCUUAACUUCUUGUACUGGCCUCCCUCCCUUUGGUACGGUAAAUCUCAAGCCCGGAGACGAGGGUGGGUCAAGGGAGGAAGUAGUUCGAAGGGCUUUGCGGCUUUGCCCCUGCAUGCUGUAAGGAGGGAGGACAGUAAGGAGGGAGUUCUUGUACUGCAGCUUGUAGCAAAGGCAAGACAGUAAUGACUCUCCUACUUACAACAUGGCGGGCAAAUACCUUUGCUGCCCCUGCAUGUUGUAAGGCAAGACAGUAAUGACUUCCUCCUGGCGGGCAAAUACCUUUGCUGCCCCUGCAUGUUGUAAGGCAAGACAGUGAUGACUUCCUCCUGGCGGACAAAUACCUUUGCUGCCCCUGCAUGUUGUAAGGAGGAGAGUCAUUACUGUCUUGCCUUGCUACGGUAGAGAUCUAAAGCCGGCACGUGAGGGUGGUUAAUGGGAGGAAGUCGGAGGAAAGGGAUUUGCCCGGACAUGUUGUGGCAGAUGAUCGUCAUUAACCGAGCAUGCUGGUCAUGGCAGGUUAUGAUACAUCGUCGAGUUUUGACGUGAAGCAUCCAGAUUUUGAUGGUAUAGAUCAUUGUUUUGUACAGCAGCACAUUUCGUGGAACCAACUUUGGGGGUUGUGGUUCCGUUAGGAUAUCUGUUAGAUUGAAUUAGGUCCAGUGACUGCUACUAUUUAGUAUUUGGAUUCGUCUAGACUCUAGACCCAUCCCCUACCUACUCCGACUCCUCCCAGGUCGCAUUCCUUUCGUUCCGUCUUUUGUUUCGUAACGAAGACCCAAACAACUUCACCGCUGUCGCUGUAACAGGCCUGAUAGGCAUAGGUGCCACACUGCCAUUCCCAUGCAAAAGAAGUCUCCAGAUGCGGAACGCUUUGAUGGACAAAAGAGAGUGUUCUUCUUCGCCUUCGUGUAAAGCUUACAGGAA